AUGAAAGAUGAACAAAAAUGCGAAAUUCCUUAUUUCGAUCCUUUUUCUCCGGAAGCAAUGCGAGCUUUUCACAAAAAGGAUUACAAACCCUGUAAUGAUCUUCCUCCGUUAACAUACAUUGAACAAUUAUGGAAUAACGAUACGGUUAACUUGUAUUUUAACUUAUCGGCGUUGGAUAGUUAUGAUUUGAGUGACAAUGAUACCUUGAAUUGUUGUUACCAAGUGGUUACUCGGACUAAAGAAGAUGAUAGUGGUGUAGAGUUGACGAAUUGUGAAUAUUUCGACAGUUGGCCAAUUCAAUUGUCAGCUGAAAUUGAAUUUUUGUUAGUGCAAUGCAACACAAAGCCUUUACCAAAUAAAACAUCAAUAGUUGUAUACAAAAAUGCUCAUGUUUUGGUAAGAAAAAAGCCCGAAGUACUUAAACGCAUUGAGGAUAAGUCGUCAGAAGCAAAGAAACCUCUCAGUGUGUUACUUAUCGGAAUAGAUAGCGUCUCAAGACUCAAUUUAAUGAGAGCAAUGCCAAAAACUUCCCAAUAUUUAAAUGAAAAUGGAUGGAUUGAAAUGAAGGGUUAUAACAAAAUCGAAGAAAAUACAUUCCCGAACCUCAUGGCAAUUCUAACUGGAUUUAAUCAGACCAUCGCUUGUGAUGUUUGUAAUCCUCAAACGCAGGGCAAAUUGGAUUCUUGUCCGAUCAUUUGGUACAAGUUUAGAGAUCAGGGAUAUGCAACAGCUUAUGCGGAAGAUCAAAGAUAUAUAGGAACAUUUAACUAUCUAAGAGCGGGAUUUACAUCACCGCCAGUCGAUCAUUACUUUCGCCCAUUCGGCAUUGCAGCUGAGCGAUUCUUCUCUAAUAAUACUUGUCUCGGUUAUAAACAUUACGGAGAACUGAUCUAUCAAUAUGCUGUUGAUUUGGCAAAACAGUACAAAGGCAAACCUUAUUUUGGUCUCUAUUGGACAAACUCCUUUUCGCACGAUGACGUCAGUUUACCAAGUAGCAUGGAUGAGAAAAUGCGCGAUUAUUUACUUGAGUUAAACGAUAUUGGAAGUCUCAAUGAAACGAUAGUAGUUUUUUUCAGUGAUCAUGGAAUGCGAUAUGGCGCUAUGAGAGAACAACCAUCAGGAUGGUAUGAGGAACGUUUGCCUUUUAUCUUUUUCUCGCUGCCAGAAUGGUUCAAAAGAGAAUAUCCAGAGUUUACAGAAAACCUAAAAAUUAAUGCAGAUCGCUUAACAACUCCAUUCGACCUUCAUUGGACCUUGAAACAUAUUUUGUCAAUUUCAACCGAAACUAAUAACACAAAUGACGAAGAAUAUGCAGGUUUAUAUUGUCCAAAGAGUCAAAGUUUGUUUCACAAAAUUCCCUAUAAUAGAUCAUGUGAUGACGCUUGCAUUACUGAACAAUGGUGCACUUGUAUGCAUUACGUUAAACUCGACAAAUCAUCGUUGAUGGCUAAAAGUGCUGUUGAUUUUGUCAUUCAAAAGAUCAAUGAAGAUCUUGCAAAGCUUGAGAACAAAUGUGCUAAACUAAAGUUAAAGGAAAUCUUGCAUGCAAGUGUAAGAAUAAGACUUUCAGAAGAAAAAUUCACGUAUUAUAGAGCGGCAUUUGUUGCUUUGCCAAGUAAUGGAGAGUUUGAGUUUACUGUGAAACAUGAUAAUGGAACGAAUGUGUUUCAAUUGGCGGGAGAGAUAAGUCGAUUGAAUAUGUAUGGUGAUCAGGGAAAAUGCAUUGAUGAUGUUACCUUGAUAAAAUAUUGCUAUUUAUGA